AUGGCGAUCGAAGAUAUCAAUAAAACCCAGCAUCAUGCGGGUGAAUUUGAUAAUACUCCAGAGUUACCAAUGGAUAAAGAAACUUUCUCCUCUCAUGAAUAUGAAAAAGAAAUCUAUGGCGGCCAAGGAAUGGACGAUCAAUUCCCAACCAAGGCUACCAAAGAGAAUAAGAAACUGCCAUCUUCUAUGAUCUAUAUUAUGGUAUUUUCAUUCUAUGGUUUAAAGUCGAUUCUUUCUAUGUAUUGUACCCAAUUCAUGGGUUACAAUAAAUCAACCGCUGUAACUGUAAUUCACACUUUCAAUUUUGCUGCAUAUGCUUUUCCAUUACUUGGAGCAUAUCUUGCCGAUGCUAGAUUAGGUAAAUUUAGAACUAUCUUAUAUUUCAGUAUUAUUUAUUGUAUUGGAGGUAUUUUCCUCUCUGUCUCUGCAGUGCCAGGUGUCACAGGUGACGGACCUGGUAAUCGUUCACCAUGGGGUCUCAUUACUGGUCUCGUGUUGAUUGCUCUCGGUACUGGAGGUAUUAAACCGGUGGUAUCUGCUUUCUGUGGUGACCAGCUUGGUCCCGACCAGAAAACACUACUCCAGUUGGUCUUCCAAAUCUUUUACUGGUGCAUCAACUUUGGUUCUUUCUUCUCGACCAUCUUGACUCCGCUGCUCAGAAAGUAUGUAGGAUAUUGGUUGGCAUUCGGUGUUCCCGCUAUCCUCUUGCUAUUUGCCACUUUAGUCUUUAUCCUCGGUUACAAGAAAUACGUCAAGCGUCCAACCACCGGAAGUAUUUUGCUCGACUCUUGCAGGAUCGUUGGAACUGGUAUUGCCGAAAAAUUCAGAUCUAGACGUGCUGGUUACGACGACCGUUACUACAACUCUCACUGGUUGGACCGUGCAAAGAUCAGACACGAUCCAAAGUUGGUCGAUUCAGUGCGUGCCGCCCUCAAGGUUAUUCUCGUAUUCGUCCCAAUGCCAUUCUUCUGGUGUCUGUACGACCAAACCUCAUCGAGAUGGACUCAAACCGCCGAAACUAUGGAUCUCUCCAUCGGAAGUGUCAAGUUGGAAGCCGAUCAAAUCCAAGCUAUCAACCCAUUGCUCAUUAUGAUUUUGGUGCCAGUGUUUGAGUACUGCUUGUAUCGUCCACUCAAGAAGAGAAACAUCAACUUCCACCCAUUGCUUCGUAUCACCAUCGGUAUGUGGUUGUCGAUUGCCGCUUUCCUCUUGGCUAUGUUCAUCGAGAUGAGAAUCGACAAGGAACCAGUUGGAACCGUCUCUGUCUUCCUCCAACUGCCACAAUACGUCUUGCUCACCUGCGCUGAAAUUCUCAUCUCCAUCACCAGUUUGGAGUUUGCCUACUCACAGGCACCAGCAACCAUGAAGUCGAUUAUCAUGUCAUUCUACUUGUUAUCUGUCUCCCUCGGAAAUGUUAUUGUAGUCGUUGUUGUCGAUGGUGUCAGCAUCACCCCACAAUGGAAGGAGUACUUGGUAUUCUCAUGUAUCAUGGCUGUAUUCACUGUUGUUUUCAUGGUUAUCGCCUGGAGAUACAAACCAGUCGAUCCAUCGAUCUACGAGUUUGAAGAACCAAAGGACGAGAACGAGACCGAAUUGGAGCUAUCCGAAAAGCCAAGCAAAGCUCUCCCACCACAUCUCCGUGAAUCUCAAACUCCACUCAAUCAAAACAUCCCAUUGGACAUGUCAAUUGACAAGACCAACUAA